GCGGUGCUCCUAGCACUUGCACAAUGCACCUCUCCCCAUCUGGCUCCCCCCGCGCUCUAGUGCCAAACAGUGACGGAAAAUUUGCUGGUGUUUGGCAGGAAUGGGCCUUCCUGCGCGGAUCAGAUUCAUCGCAGUGCUGCUGCCGGGCGUGAUCCGCGAUCGCCUAGUAACAGUGCGCGUCCGCGGUUGAUCGCGAUCCAGAUCGCGAGGCAGGCUGCGCUAUACGGGGGGACGGUAGCGUCGCCGCCGCGCGCGCGGGAGGCGCUGUGCUGUAGAAUAUCGCGCACUCUCUUUCAAUAGACAGCGCCGCACCGGAACGGCGACGAGGUGGGUUGCGGGUAGCUGGUUUAUUACCAUUGCUCAUCCCGUAUCAUCCGAGUAGGGGCAAGGUUGCGAAAAGAUAAUGAUGCAAGGGGCGCAUGUGUCGACGGAAAUGGACACGUCAGGGAGGGUCGUGGACACGACCGCGAAUGCCGUGGACACGUCAGCGAGUGCCACGGCGGCAGCAGUGCGUGCGUGGGAUGCGAUAAUUAUAGCGGGUGAGAGUUGGGGGCGCGCGACCGUAGGAAAAGACAGGCGCGCGGAGAGUGGGGGUUCGUGGAUGGCGGACCAGCGGGAGUGCGAAGAGGAGGCGCAAGAGGCGGAGGCGGAAAGGGGAGGAGAAACGCGGGGUGUAAUGGGAGGGGAAUCGAGCAAUGGUGGGAAUGCUGAUGACUGCGCUAAUCAGUUUGCUAUGAGCACAUGUAAUCCAGCAGCAUCAUGUGAUUAUAGCGGUGCGACAUCAUGUGGUGUUGGUGAUGUGGCAUCACGGCACAUGGGCGACAUUUCCUCGCGUGGUAACCAGAGAGCUAUAUCCUGCCCAGAGGUGGCUCAGAGCACACGUGACGUUGCCUCCAGGGUUGACUGUUGCGGGAUGUGCGGCGGCACUGCGUUAGUCUCGUCGUCGUUCCCAUGGGAUGGUGGUUGUAGUGCUGGUGCUGGUGCUGGUGCUGGUGCUGGUGCUGGUGCUGGUGCUGGUGCUGGUGCUGCUGCUGGAGCUGCUGGUGGUGGUGGUUGGGUGACGAGAAGCGCGAGCGGCUGGAGCCGCGGCAGCAGCUGCAGUGGCAGGAGGUGCGGCGUCAGCAGCGCCAGCAGCAGCAGCAGCAGCAGCGGUCGCAGUAACGGAAGCAACAGCAGAAGCAGGAGCAGUGAUAUGAUUGGUGUGCCUGCCGCGCCUUGUUUUGCUCCACAUCACUUCUCUCUCCCCCCGCCACAGUUUCACGCCGCCUCACUCUCGUCCUCGUCAGUAUGCUCCUCGUUACAAGGUGAUGCGGCGGCGGAGAGAGAAGCGCAAGCGCCCUGCUCAGCGGCAGCGAUAUCCUUAGCAUCACGCGUCGAUGCCUCUCCCCCCGUCUCCUCUUACGAUCCCCAGCCAACCGACUCCCCACGUUCGUCUCUCUCCCCCUUUCCGCACUCGUCUUCCGCUCGAUGCCACUCCCCGCAAACACCCUCCCCCUGCUGCGACCCGCAACAUCAACAGCAUCAUCACCAUCACCAUCACCAUAACCAACACCAGCAUACGCGGUAUAGCCCUAACCGGAACGCCUUUCACUGCUCAUCCAAUCACCUUUCUUGUGACAGUGCAAGCCUACCAGUUACUCCUCUUCCAUUAGACCAUAGAGAAAACCGCUUUUGGGGUCCGCCGUCUCAGUCUCGCUUACAGCCUUCUUGUUCCAAGAUGCCUAGUAACGCGACUUGCCACGUGGCGCAUCACCCCUCCUCACCCUCCUCUUCCGCCUCUUCAACCUCAUCCUAUCUGGCAUGCCACGUUGGCUGCCAAGGUGGCGCCUCCCUUCCAGUAUCCCAUGCAGCAGCACUGGCACUAGAGGGAGAGGCUGUUGAGCCAGCAGUGGUUGGCCUAGUGCGUCAAUGCGUUGGUCCCAGUGCCAGUGGCCAUGGCAGCAAUGGCAUGAGGCGAAUGGGUGGGCCUUCGCUGGAUGGGAGUAGUGAGGGAAGGGGUGCAUCAAGGAGCAUGGCAGGUAGAGGAGCAAGUUGUUGCAGUUGCAGAGUCAGCAACAGCAGCGGCAGUGGCAGUUCCAGCAGCGGGAGAGGCAGCAGGAGGAGCGCGGCGUUGCACGAAUCGUCUGCCUCCCCAUCUUGGCAGAAGCACUCCUCUCACGCGGCUCUCCUUGAUGCUGCGGUUGACCUGCUGCUGCUGCACAUGCAGCGACAGCAGGACGACCAAAGACUGCAGCUUCAGCAGCAGCAGCAGCAUCAGCAGCAGCAGCAGGAGGAGGAGGAGGAGGAGGAGGGGGAGGAACAGGGACAGGGGCAGCAGUGGCCACUGCUGCCACAGCCAAAUCUUCAACAGCUGCAACCGCAGCAGCAGGAGCAGCAGUUAGGUUGGUCGCAGGGACCAGGACAGGGAAAGCAGGGAAUCACUUGGAAUGGCACUGAAGGUCGUCAUAAACCGAGUUGCGAAGGAGAUAGCGGAUGUGACCAUUCUGGUAACGAGGUCUGCAGCACAGCACAGGCAGGGUGCCAGGCAGCACCCGUGGACCUAUUGCAGAGAUUGGGGGGAUUGACAGAAUGUGCGAGCGCUGCUGCUUGCUUGGAGCAAGAGCAUGAGUGGGUGGAGGAGAGAGGCUUGUGUGUAUCGCAGGGUUUAAAUCAGUGGCCUCAGUGGCAAGAAGAGCAGCAGGAGGAGCAGGAGGAGCAGCGCAGGGAGCAGCAGGGGGGGCCGCAGGGGGAGCAGCAGGAGGGAAAGAAGCAUACCAGCAGCGGUAGCAGCGUCAGAGACCAGCAGAAAGCUGUGUGUGCUGCUGUGGCGGCAGUGGCAGCAACAACAGAGAGCAUACUGGUUGAGAGACAUGACAGUGGCUGUGCGCACAGCUGGACUGCUACCAGCAGCUGCUGCUGUGAGGCAAAUCAAUGCUGUGCUGCUCCCUCCGUUGUGGCUGCUGCUGCAGUUUCUGGUGACGGUGCAUGCGCAAUUACUAGUGGUUGUGCUGGUGCUGCAAAUCGUGAACAAACUCCUCUUCCUCUUCCUCCUCCUGCUGCUAUUGUGGCUGCUGCUCCUGCUGCUGCUACAAACGGUGGUUGUGCAAAUGUUGCUGCCUUAUCCGCUCAAGUGUUGCAGCUUUCUCCAAUGCACCUCUGCUCUCCCUGUUCGCAUGCAAGUUCAUCCCACAACUACGCCUGCUCCGCCAUACGUGCUUCCCUCGACACAGGCGCGCAGCAGGGCGGAUGCUGCCUUGACAGGUGGCACGUUGCGACUGGUGUGCUGUGCUUCCUAGGUGGCGUGUCUGCUGCCGUUCUUCUCGGUCUACUCACCCGCACCUUUUCCUCUCAGCUGCAUCCAAAACGAAACAGCCGUUGCUUCUCUGCUCUUCCUCCUUCUGCUGCAUUCACCAGAACCGCCAGCACCCCUCCCACCGGCCUCAUCACCAGCAGUAAAUGCGCAUCAAGCAGCAGCAGCAGCAACAUGCUCCGCACUGCCCUCCACCUCCUCCUAGCUCCCCUCUCCUCCCACCGCUCCUCCUCCCCUACAUCAUCCCAUGCAGCCCUCUCUCGCCUCCUCGCCCGCUGCUCCUCCCCCCACCACGCCUCCCUUCUCCGCACCCGCUUCUUGCUGCUGCAGCAGCGGCAGCGCUGGCAGGCUGUGGCUCAAAGACGAGCGUGCAUUCCUGUGCGGUGGGGGGCGCUUCAGUCAGGUGUGGGGACAGGAGAGGGGAGGGGGAGGGAGUGGUUGGACAUGUGGAGGGUGCGGAGUAGGAUGCUAGAUAUUGAGCGAGGGGUGAUUCGUGCUGCUUCUUCCUGGCACAGUGGCUGCGGUCGCUCUGCUGCUGCGGCUGCUGCUUCUGCUGCUGCUGCUGCUGCUGCUGCCUCUGCUGCUGCUAGUGCUGCUGCUUCGGGGGAUUGUGUUGCUGGUGGUUAUGGUGCAAACGGGUGGGGAGAUUUUCUCACGUGGUUUGUUCCCGCGCAGGGGAACUGGUCGUGGGUGCAAGGGCUGCUCACGCAUGCCCUGCUGUCCGCCCCAUCCCCAUCCCCAUCCCCAUCCCCAUCCGGUGGGCUCACACCAUUCCAGCAGCAUCCCGGUGAUGGGCGAACGGGCCCAAAGGCAAGGUCAAGUGCUGCCCACUUGCAUGCUAGUGCUACUCGCUCAAGUGCCUCUCAUCAGCAUGCGGCUCUGCCUCUGCAUGAAGAUGCUGUCAAGAGCAUGGGGCAACAGGCUCUGCUCUUCCUGCUCCCACUUACUCAUGACACUGCCACGGCUCUCCUACGCUUCGGCCUCGGCUGGCUCUGGUCAUGACAGGCAUUCAGCUCUAAGGCAACUCUAAAGGAAUAUAAUUUCGUCGUACGGUAGCUGGUGUGUGACGAAGUAGCAAACACGGCUUGCACGCGUGUCUUGUGUAUAGGUGUGGUGCACGCACGACACAACACAGGCAUCCACAAACGUUUUGUGUGUGUGUGAAUGAAGUGAAUCACCCAAUGUGUAGAGACUGCAGGUUACAGGUAGUGCUGUAGUGCUUGUUGCAUGUGCUCCGCUCUAUUUGCAGAUCUGCUGCGGUCCGAGGGUCCAAUGGAACGAAUCGCCAAGGUGCAGGCAGGAAAAGGACCAAAACUGUCAGUU